GAGAUUCUUAAGAAUGAAACUUACAGAGAAGAAAUGAAACAGAAAAUCAAAGAUGUCUCCGAAAAGGAUAAGCUGCUUCAGGCCAAGGAAUACAAGGACGGACUUGUUGCUGAACCAGCUCAUACUCGUGUUGAAGGCCACGCGUCAGCCCCAUACUAUGGAAAGAAGGAGCCUUCGCAAGAUCCAACAAGCGCUGCGAGUACCUUCCAGCCAGGCUCCUGGAUGCCACCAGGCAGUGGUAGCAGUCGUAGGAAAUAA